AUGGGAAGGGCGAAAUUAGCUAGAGUAUUCAUUGAAAAUCAGAAGAAGAGAAAUACAUCCUUUAGGCUGAAGAAAGGAACCUUGAUUAAAAAAGCGCUCGAGUUUUCAAUUCUAUGUGAUGUACCCGUUUGUGUUAUCGUCUUUCCUUUUGAUGAAGGUAACAAGAAAAUCGUGCAACCCGAAAUUUAUUCGUACAAGGGAGAACAAGAAAAUCUCAACUCGGCUGAGUCAACAACAAAUAACCCGGAGUUGGGUCGUGAGAUAAUCAAUCGUUACUUAAGUGACGUGUUGAAAGAUGUUAAUGAGGAUAAAUCAUCAAGAAUUGAUCAAGAUUUGCAUAAUUAUACAAAUCUUUCCAAGUUUACUAAUGAUCAACUUAUUGAAUUACUUGGUAAAUUGGAUAAUAAGAUUGAUAUUGUGAAGAGUAGAAUUGAUGUGAUUAAGAAUGUUAACAAUAAUGAUGGUUUUGAUGCGGCACAACAAGAAAUUGAAGUCUUGAGUGAUGAUGAUGGCUUUCUGUUGUCUGAUUUGGAUAUUGAUCUCGAUGUCGAUGUGAUGUUUGAAGAUUUGAAGGUACUGACUGUAGGUCUUAAGGUACUCUAA